CGUCAAUUAGUAGGUGCUGAAAAUCAAGGGCGAUAAUGAGUGAACGUGUCAUUUGUCUGUUUAUUCUUUUAAAUUUAAGCCCAGUGCCGGUCUGUUCACUAAGAAAAAUCACCGAAGAUGACAUAAAAUUAUAUAGGCAGCGAGUUGUAUCCAUGUUUCAUCAUGCUUAUGAUGGGUACAUUAAGCAUGCUUAUCCAUACGAUGAAUUGCGACCUCUUACAUGCGAUGGACAUGACACUUGGGGAAGCUAUUCACUGACCCUGAUUGAUGCAUUAGACACACUGGCAAUUAUUGGGAAUAACACAGAGUUUCAAAGAGUGGCUGAACUGAUUAUCAACAAAAUGGACUUUGAUAUUGAUAUAAAUGCUUCAGUCUUUGAAACUAAUAUCAGAAUUCUCGGUGGAUUGUUGUCAGCACAUUUGUUCACAAAGCGAGCGGGAAUGGCAGUAGAACCAGGCUGGCCCUGUUCUGGACCCCUCCUCCGGCUAGCAGAGGAUGUAGGAAGACGCCUUCUUCCAGCAUUUGACACGCCUACUGGAAUGCCAUAUGGAACAGUCAAUCUUCGACAUGGGGUCCCCAAGGGGGAAACUACUGUAACAUGUACUGCAGGAGUUGGGACAUUUCUGAUUGAAUUUGGGACAUUGAGCCGACUAACUGGAGACCCAGUGUUUGAGAAAGUUGCAGUUAGAGCACUGCGGGCUCUUUGGAACUCGAAGUCUACACUGGAUCUGGUUGGCAAUCACAUUGAUGUUAGUACAGGGAAAUGGACAGCGCUAGACUCCGGUAUAGGAGGGGGCAUCGACUCCUACUUUGAGUAUUUAGUGAAAGGAUCCAUAAUGUUUGAUAUUCCUGAACUCCUGGAGCACUUCAGAGUGUAUGAGAAGGCUAUUGUUGAACAUGUAAAAAGGGACGACUGGUACAUGUGGGCACAUAUGUCAAAAGGAGGGAUAACUCUUCCUAUGUUUACUUCAUUAGAUGCUUACUGGCCAGCAAUUCAGAGUUUACUGGGUGAUGUAGAGAGUGCCAUGAAGACAAUGCAUAACUUCCAUCAAGUAUGGAGGCAGUUUGGUUUUCUACCCGAGUACUAUAAUAUUCCAAAGAGUGAGGCCCACACAGGGAGAGAGGGAUAUCCACUCAGACCAGAGCUAAUAGAAAGUGCUGUAUACCUAUAUCAAGCCACCAGAGACCCCUUCCUACUGGAGAUAGGUAUCGACAUGUUGGAAGCAAUAGAACACAGCACCAAAACCAAGUGUGGAUAUGCAACUGUGAAAAAUGUCAACACCCAUCAGCUUGACAACAGAAUGGAAAGUUUCUUCUUGGCAGAGACUACUAAAUAUUUGUACUUACUGUUUGACCCAGAUAACUUCAUCCACAAUAAUGGCAGUCGUGGCACUGUUAUUCAAACCCCCAGCGGUGAGUGCGUGAUUGAUGCUGGUGGAUAUUUCUUCACCUCUGAGGCACACCCCAUUGAUACAGCUUCAGUGUACUGUUGCAGCAGUCAGAAAAAGCAAGAUGACAAGUUACUACAGAAUAUGCAUGAUAACCUAAACUUGCUCUCUCUAUUCGAUAUUGAUGAUGGGGAUGAAAUUAAAGGAAAGAAACUAGAACGUUUCACUCGAGAUUUACACAGUGACAAACUUGGCCAAACAAAUGGACUACCUACUGAUGAUUUUUCCUCAUCGAAAGGAUUUCAAAGCUCUGUGAUAGAACUUUUGUCUGCUUAUCUUAAGAAAGCAGAUGGCGCUGAUGCUGACAUCGGUCUUGCAAAAUUAGGAGCUAGUCUCGAGUUGCUCAAAUCCCAGGUCACCAAAUCAGAAGCCGUUCAUUCAAGUAUGAAGGAUACCAAAGGUGUUGUGAAUGAUGGUGAAAUUAUAGUGGAUUUAAGAAAAUCCACUAACUUGCAUGAUAAAGUAAAGAGUAUGGAACCAGACAUAAAUCUUCAAAAUUCAAAGAAACCCCAGUCAGAUACUGAUAUAGAGAAACAAAAAAGAAGUGAAAAUCUGCCAAGUAAUGAUGCAAAAUCAGAAUUACCAAGUUCCACAACACAGGUGGCCCCUAAUGAAGCAGAGGCACCACCUGCUGACCGAAAGUACGAAAAUGUGAAAUCUGAUACAAGGACAGAUUCAUCCUCGAGUGAGCCGUUGUAUGAGAAUGGAGCAGAUGAUCAUCUGAGUAGUGUAAAUAGCAGUGGUGAGAUUAACAGUGAAAGUGUAAAUUCAGACAUGAAACAAAAUUCAAAGGUGCAACAAACUGAAGGAAAACCCCCUAAAAGUGUUGUAUUGAGUGUUAAAACUGACAACACUGGGCUAGCUAGUGUACAGACUAGUCAAACACCUCAGACAAAUUCAAAGAAGGUGCAUCACAUCACAAAAUUCAACACCGUAAAAAAGAGUAAUAUAUUUAAUCUAGAAACUAUUUAUAACCUUUUAGGGAGUGCUAAUGAAAAAGACACUGUUCCCUCACCAAAUAUACACCACCUUUAUAAGACUAUUAACAAUUAUCCUUUACAGUAUACAUCAAAACCAGAACUUAUGAUGUGUCAAUCACAACCAUUUCAUAUGCGAUUAUCAUUAAGAGGUGAGAUGUUUACUGUUGAUAAGAAUAAAUAAAGUAUAGUGUUAUCUGUA